GCUGACCGGCAGUAGCCGCUCGCGAAAAAUGUCCCGGCCCGGCAGGGUCUGGGGGUGUGCGGCGGCCAUGGACUGCGAGCAGCCGGACAGCUUGGAAGGCUGGGUGCCGCUGCGCGAGGACCUCUUCCGGGAGCCCGAGCGACACCAGCUGCGCUUCCUGGUGGCCUGGAACGCCCAGGAGGGCCAGUUCGCCGUCACCUGUCACGACCGCACGGCGCAGCGGAGGCGCGGGCCGCCCGACGGCGCACCGGCGCCCUGGCUGCGAGGGAGCGGAGGCCGGUGCUGGGGCCGCAGAGUAGUUUUCGGGGGUUUGUUUUCUGAGGCAGGGUCUCAGGUUCUUCAAGAUCACGGAAAAGCCAACACCAUGGUAGCAUUAAUGAAAGUUUAUCAAGAGGAAGAUGAAGCAUAUCAAGAAUUAGUUACCACGGCAAACAUGUUCUUCCAGUAUUUACUGCAGCCAUUUAGAGAUAUGCGAGAAGUUGCAACCUCAUGUAAGCUUGAUAUUUUGAAGUCCCUGAAUGAGGAUGACCUGGGUCCUAAAAGGGUAGUUUCUCUACAGAAGGAAGUCAGUGAAUGGACCAGACGGGCUGAAGAAGCAGCGGUCUCUAUUCAGGAUAUCACUGUGAAUUAUUUUAGAGAAACAGUCACAGCAUUAACAGGAAUGCAGAAACAGAUGGAGCAGGAUCGGAAGAGAUUUGGCCAGGCUGCCUGGGCCACAGCCAUGCCCAGGCUAGAGAAUCUCCAGCUCAUGUUAGCUCGGGAGACUCUGCAGCUUAUGCGAGCCAAAGAGCUGUGUCUGAAGCACAGGUGCGCCGAAAUCCAGAGGAAGAUGGAAGAUCUUCCAGACCAAGGAAAGAACACAGAUGUUGUAGAUGAGCUAGAGAUACAGUAUUAUGAGAUUCAGUUGGAGCUGUAUGAGGUUAAACUUGAGAUCCUGAGGAGUGAAGAGAUGAUCCUUGUCACACAGUUGGACUCUGUGAAGAGACUUAUAAAAGAGAAACAGGAUGAAGUGGUCUACUACGACCCGUGUGAAAGCCCAGAGGAGCUGAAGGGCCUGGCUCACGCCCCAGAGCUGCACCGCGGUGAGAAUGGAGAGCUGGGAGCGCUCGGCCAGCAGCGCCAGCGGCUGGAGGCCCAGCGGGGCCGCAUCUGUGCCAGGAGGGCCCAGCUCAGGAGCAGAAGGGAUCACUGCCGAGAAAAUCAUCAGCUCAGACUGCAGCAGGCUAAAGAGAGCGUGAGACAUUUUCACCAGCACCACAGUAUUCAGAUGAAAAGAGACAAAAUAAAAGAAGAAGAACAAAAGAAAAAAGAAUGGAUAAACCAUGAACGUCAAAAAACACUUGAUCGACUAAGAGCAUAUAGGGAGAAGCGUCUAGCUCCUCCGUCUGCACUGAGAACAACUUGCUCAGAAACCACGGUGCCAAACCUCUCAGGUGGACGCUCUCCCAGGAGGUCCUCGGCAGCUCGUCACAAGAUAGCUCACCCUGCCUCUAGCAAAACCGGAAGUGUUACUCCUUUACCUGAAGCUAAUAUGAAAACCCCUGAGCCUCAAGACUCCUCUGGCGGUAUUCCUGUCCAGAUUUUUGUUCCAGCUGGUGACCAGACACCCUCCCGAUUCAGUGAGGAUCUGUCACUACCACCACAGCCACCACCCCCUCCUCCCCCACCACCCCCUCCUCCACCCCCACCACUUCCUCUCCCAGCUCUGUCCUCUUCUCAAGCUACUACUCAUCAGAAUUUAGGACUCAGGGCUUCAGCACCAGAGGACCAGCCACUCUCUCUAGUGUGUGAGGCAUCUGCUGAAAGACCAUGUGUUCGUCUGGCAGACUUCCAGUGUCCAGGCUCUAUGGAUGAAGUGCUGGCCUCUCUCCGGCAGGGCAGGGCCUCUCUCCGGAAAGUCGAAGCACCUACCCUGCCCCCUCCCCGCACCUCAGUCACUGAACAGGUUCUGGCUGCCAUCAGGCAGGGGGUGCAGCUGAAGAAAGUCCACCCAGAUGCAACUGUAGAGCCCAGCAAGAAGCGAACCAGCGACCUGGAGAGGAGCAUCAGGGCAGCCCUGGAAAGAAUUAAGAGAGUGUCUGCUGACUCAGAGGACAGUGACGAGCAGAGUCCUGGCGAGUGGGACCGCUAGGGUCUCCAGGUGACAAAGGCAGACAGGCCCAUAAACCCUAGACCAGCAAGGCUUCUCCGGGACUACUGCUUUGAUGUGGCCUUAACACGUGGUGAACGGUGGAGAACGGUGGAGGCGUGGUGACUGUCACAAGCCACAGGUGGGUAGGCUGGCCAUGGGAACAGUACUGUGUCUACUCUCGAGGCACUGUCUGACCUGGAGGUGCAGCCCUGUGGUGUACAUUAAACAGUGUGCUGCCAUGUGUGUGAACACUGCUUCCACGACUAAAGGCUCAAAUGUGAACAUGAUUUUAGCAAUAAUCAGAAUAAAUUGCCUAUAUUCCAGAAUUACUUUAAAUAUUUAAAUAAAAUUUAUUUUGUGUACCAGCACUACAGAAACUCAUAAUAAACACUAUUAUAAUACA